CCGGCGCAGCAGUGACAGCACUGCUGCGGGGUGAUAACGUGGCAUGGUUGGGCUAUCCAUAUCAAGCCGCACAGUGCAUGUACAUGUCCAGAGGUACUUACCGUCUGCCCCUCAUUCCUCGCGGACUCGGUGCAACACCCAGUAACCACUGGGCAGCUUUGCCCUCGUGCAUCUUAACCUUACUGCCUGCCUUGAUCAUCUGCGACACUCGAGUUCUCACCUUCCACCGCAACCCACAGAGAUACAGUAGGUGCUACGCUAUACUCGUUUGCUUCACCCGUUCCAUGCAGCUCCCACGAUGCGGCCGCUGCCUGGCGAUGACGUCCCCGGGCGGCCCCGCAGCUCCGACGAUGACGGCCCGUCGACCUUCAGACUCCCGAGCGCACCGCAAAUGACCUACUUCCUCGGCGACGAGUCUGCCAUCGGCUCAUCAUCCCAGCCCCCGCCCGUCGCCCACCACCGUCCCAAGGAGCAGAGAACGGUCCCGGUUGCCGAGACCGCCGAGCUGCCCAAGCCUCGAGCGCAGCCCCCGCACGCCGACCUCGAGAAAGACAAAGAGCCGGCCGGGUGUCCCCCGAGCUCCAAGGGGCCGCCCGACGGUCCCAGAAACCACGAGGACAAUCUACUAUCAAGGCCCAUCUCGCCAGUUCCCCGAUCGACCGACAUGCCGAACCUCUCGCGGCCGCUCACCCCGGUCCUGCUUGGCGCCUCGGGCCCCGCCUCCGCCCUCAGCAGCGUCUCCUCGCGCCGCAACUCGCUCUGCCUCUCCGAGGACCUGGGCAGCUGUCCGCCCAGCAUGAAAGACGCAGACGUUGCCGUGGAGGACGACGACGACGGCGACGACGAGCCAGCCGAAGACCCCGGCGCAAGCUGCUCGUCCAUGAUGGACAGCGGCAGUGCCCCGCAGCUCAUCAUGCCGAGCAUCAAGAUGCCCAGCCGCCGGCCGUUUACCGACGAGGGCAAGCGCAUGGGCCGCCUGAAGGUGCUGAUCGCCGGCGACAGCGGCGUCGGCAAGACGUCGCUGAUCAAGGCCAUCGUGCAGUCGUGCGAGCACAUCGUGCACGUGGACCCCAUCACGCCGUCGGCGUCCUCGCUGACGAGGUCGCUGCCGACGACGAUUGGCGCUGCGUCUGCGGGCAGGCCGAAGGGCAGCCGGCGGCAGCCGUCGAAAGAGAGCUCCGGUACGAGCCAGAUCACCGAGAUCUAUGCGAGCACGAAGCCGUAUCCGGAGUGGUGGUCAGAGGUGGACGACUUCCGGAUCCUGAGGCGCAGGAAGAGCCUCGGCGAUGCGGUGCUGGACCGCAAUCUUUGCUUUGUUGACACCCCGGGUUAUGGGAGCGGGUCAUCUGCGAUGGACACGAUAACGCCCGUGGCGCAAUAUAUAGAAGCCCACCUGCAGCGUAUAAGCUCCAACGUCUUGAGUGACGGAGACCUCCUGAAUCUGCUGGGUGGUGAAGGCGGCGUCCUGGUCGACGCCGUGUUUUAUCUCGUCUCGAAUCGUCUUCGCCCCGUGGAUGUUGAGUAUCUACGACAACUUUCGCCGCUGACGAACAUUAUCAUCCUGCUCGCCCAAACGGAUCUGAUGUCGUCCGAGCAGGUAGCAGCUAGCAAGAACCAGAUUUUAAGCCAGCUUAAGGAGGCCGACAUCCGCCUCUUUUCUUUUUCUAUACCGUCCUCUAACAGCCCCGCCACCUCCGACUCCGACAAACCCGGCAUCUACGCGAUCUCCAGCGCUACCGGCUCCGACCACGACACCAUGGACGCCAGCCUGCUCAUGUCACCAGACUACGUCCAACCUCUCAUCCCCUCCGAGCUAGCCACCCUCGUCGAGCAAGUCUUCAGCAGCAACGGCGUCUCGUGGCUGCGCCACUCGGUUGCCCGCAAAUACGUCCAGUGGCGCAAAUCCGCCUUAUCAUCAUCAUCAUCCUCAGCAGACGGCCUCGCCUCCGCCCAACCGCCCUCCCUCUCGCGCAGCCAGACGCUCGCCUUCAACCUGCUCCCGUCUUCGGCCCCCCUCUCCCCAUCCCAGCACCCCACCUCCAGCCCUGCCCCCUCCUCCUCCUCCGCAAACCAGGUCCUCACCGGGCCCAUGGGCGCCACCUCGCGCUACGCGCUCGCCCGCCUGGCCGACCACACGCAGCGCGAGGAGCGCCUCGCGCAGGUCCGCCUGGCCAACUGGGCCGCCGACCUGCAGAAGAGCCUGGCCCGCGAGCGCGAGCAGUACGCGGCGCUGGCGCGCGGCGAGCGCGCCGUCUGGCUGGCCGAGCGCAUCAGCGAGUGCGUGCGGGAGGGCAGCCUGGUGCCGGUCGAACUCCAGCCUGCGGCCCAGGGCCAGGGCCAGGGCCAGGCGCGCUCGCGCUCGCGCUCCGAGGCGGCAGCGGAGCGCGGCUCGUCUUCGAGCCCCCCCGCUGGAGACGUCCACGGCCAGGGCGCUGACGGGCAGCGGGGCAAGAGACAUCAUACGCGCGGUCGUGGCGCGAGUAGCAGGCGCCGUGACGGCCAGCACCAGUACCACCGCCACCAGCAGCAGCAGCAGCAGCAGUACUCACAGCAGCAGCGGCAGCAGCGGAGCAGGCAGGAUCCGCUCGGCCUGCUGGAGGUGGCGGACGACCUGCGCCACAAGAGCUUGAUCGCGCUCGAGGUGCUCGGCAGCCUGGGCGUGCUGGGCGGGCUGGCGCUGUGGGUCACGCGCCAUUACCUGCAUCUGCAGGCUGGCGGGUGGGUGGUGGGCGAGUGGGAGCGGUUUUGGUACGGCGCGGCGCGGUGAGGGGUGUGGUGAUGUCUUCCCCUUCCCAACUUUCUUUGUUUUGUGGGUGUCUGAGAGAGAAGGGGUAGGGGAGGAGGGAGUUGGUCGUUCCAAGGAGGAGGGAGUUGGUCGUUCCAAUGUCGAGUGAGGGGAUGGGUUAUUGCUAAUUAUAUUCGGUGGGUGGAGGUGGAUCUGGACUGGAGUGUGAUCCAGCUGGUGGAAGUUGGGGGGAACGUUCAUCGAGAGUAGUGUCUUGUGUGGGAGUGGUUACCUAGGUACGAGCUACCCUGCUUUGCUUUGUUUCACUCUGCUCUGCUCGAGAUUCUGCCUGGAAGUCUGGAAGGACGCGUGCUGUUUCUCGCUGGGUGUAGAGAAAACGUCGUCAUCACAGUCCAGGAAGAGUUUGGCGGCAUGAUAAUUGUGAUGUGGUUUUGUUGUGAUGGGUUGAGAUGAUAAGGGAACUGGGGAUGGAAGAACGCUGCUCAGCCCGGUUUGAGGGGUAUAUAUACCACCUAGCUCCUUCAGUAAAUAUAUCUGCUCCCCGCUACUAUUGACAUACGUGUAUGCGUAUCCGGC